AUGGCAGUGAAGGACGGAAGGCUUCGCGCCGCUGCCCGAUCGGAAGACAUCAGGUCGCCUUCUAACGGUGAAAGAAGAAUGCCAAGAGCAGCCGCCAGCUCGGGAAAAAGCACCCUUCGCAUGGCAGUGAAGGACGGAAGGCUUCUCGAAGGGCCGCUAGGUCGUGACCCAUUUGCUCGCUUUGAAACGCCUAUAGAACAAGGUUCAAAGGCCAGCCAAAAGGCUCAAAAACGUUUUGCCACGCCGAAAGAGCAUGGGACUGCGGGACAGAUCGUGCCUUCGAAGGGCAGCUGGUCGUGGCGCCGUCAGCUCCUGAACUGCCUGCCAGUGAAGGAGAACAGGCCGCUGCUGAUGCUUCGCUGUCUCGGGCCACGACACGAACGAUCUCUGCUUGGGCCACGACCCUGGCAACGUCCGGUGACCCGGUGCAUGGCCAUUUUCAGCGCCAGUAACUUCGUGGCGCUGACGCGUAUGAUUCAGUUCAUGGAUCUCACCACAGAGAUCAAGGGCCGACCAGACGUGUACAGCGACUUUGCAAAGCACUUGAAGGGUUUCAACUUUGACCCUGCGCCGUACCUCCCAGAUAUGGGUCUACCGAGCUUGGAGGAUGUCCGCGACAUGCGCAACAAAGCGGUGCAGCAGCUGAAGGACGCAUUCUCUGUGGGUGACAUGAAGAAGUCUGGAUCACUGGUGCUCCAGUACUGCUACGCCUUACAUGUCGAAGGGCAACUAGCAGCCAAUGGCAUCCUCUAUUCGCACCCCGACGGAACCAAGCUCUUGCUGGAGAGUUUGGCCAGCGUGGACGAGAUGUUUACAGAAACAACAGAGACGGAGACAGAGACGGAGACGGAGAGGAAGGUGGCUGGAAGCAGCAUGCCCUAUGCCCUAAGCGAUACCCGUUUGCUCAAAAAGUCGCCCCCGAGCCCAGAUGAUCAGGACCAUGACCUCGCACAACUCUGUCAUGGAGAGGGAUCUGUGGCAUCAAUUGCGACGCGACGUACCCGCUUGAGCUACGUGACUUGCCAGUCAGAGUUUCAGGACAAGGCAGACUUUCUGGAUGUUGGCGACCUUGACGAAUUUCCGGAAGACCAGUCAGACCAGGGAUGUGAAUCGCAAUCACGAUGGUGGAAGUCUGUGGUCGAGGUAGCUUCAGAUCCGCGGGCACAACAAACAGCUGCCGUGACGGUAGGUGGCUAUCUGACCAUGGGAAUCGCGGGUGGAACCGGCGGUCUGGUUUGUGGGGGAUCCAUUGGUGCGUUGGUGGGGUUGGCUCCAGCACCUUUCACUGCUGGGCUUUCAGUACCUCUGGGUGCUGCGGUGGGUGCGGGCGCGGGGCUUUGUGUAGGAGCCUCAGUGGGGAGCACCGUUGGGGCGGUGGGGGGCCUCCUCGUAGGCCGUGGCGUUUUCUACAGUUCAUUAGAUCUCGUGGAGCAAUGCGGCAAAAUGCCCGAGUUUUCUAUGGAAGAUCGCUGGGUGACUGUGGAGGGCUCCCGCGAGCUCAGAGAUGUCUCUGGCGAUGCACCAUUGCGAAGUCUCAAGGAGAUGCUAUGGGAGAACUACGGAGAGUUGACUCCUCGUCGUCUUGACAAAGACGAGGAUGACGACAAGGCCAAAGUCAAGGGGCCUGACAGUGCGCUACUGGUGGUACAGUGGACACAAAGGGAAUGGAAGGACUUCCUUGAAAAGACCGCGGCAGCCAAUGUGACGGAGGAUGACUACCCAGAGGCUCGAAACAAGAUUCCAUGCAACUCGCAUCCCAUGAGCGAUGUGAUUCCUUUCCUGGUUUUCAUGCACGAACUGGAGCUCAUCAGGCGAAUGAUGCACACCUACACAGGGACCUUUUUGCUGAUGUUCCUGGUGAUUUUCAGUGCUGGUUUCUCAUACAUCAUGUACUAUCGCAUGGUGAUGAUGAAGAGUCAGAGAAGGGUGAAAUGGCUGGAGCCUGGGUUUCUGUCCAUCUUCGUGUUGGAUUGUGGCCUCAUUGGCUUUACCAAGAGUGCUGCCAAAAUCAUCUCACAGCCAACAUUGGUCACGUUCUUUUUCUGGAAGCCAGAACGGUGGGAAGUUCAAGCCUUUGUUUUAGCUGGUGUUGUUUUGUAUCCUGUUAUCUUUGUUGUCCUCACCUACUUCCUGGUCUACGACGUCACUACGAAGUUGGUUCCCAAAGAGGCACGAGAAGACGCUGAUCCAGAUACAAAGAUGGUCUUCAACGAAGAUGUCGAACAAUGGAUCGACCCCACUGCCAGAGAGAUCAAGGUGACUUUGGAACCACCCAUCCCCAGCUGGAUUCCAGUCUUGGGUGAGCUGAUCACAAGCCAUGUGCGCUCUUGCAUUCCAGUCUUGACUGUGGAUGGUGCUCCGAUCAGCUUCAGGACAGAUGUGGAGGAAGUGAGGCCAGAAAAGCCAACCAUCAAUCGGGAGGAGUUGGAGAAGGAUGCAAUGGAAUUGGAGCAGAAGAUGAAUGCCCAGUUGGAAUCGAAUGUCACCGCAGACACGAAACGCGCUCGAGAGAAGAAACUGGAGCAAGUGAAGAAAGAGAAGGAGCUCCAUAAUCGGAUCCGCGAACGUCAAGAGAACCAUAAGAAGGUUAUUGAAGUCAUCACAGAAGAGAUGAAGAAAGAACAAGAAGGAUACCCUGCAGAGGGGACCAUUGUGCCCGAUGGACCCUCUGGCGACCCAACAUGGUUCCCUUCUGCUGGAAGUAAUGGGGCAAGUGAGGAGGAGGAAGAGGCCUUCAAAUUCGAGAAACUCAGCAUCUACAAGUAUCUCACAGAGUGGGAAUCUGUGAAGAAGCGCGAGGAUUCAGAAGUCCCCGAUGCGGAGGAAUCUUUUGCCAUCCGCUCCUAUGUUGAGGGUCACAUCCGACGAGAGAAGCGCCUCACAAAGUACAACAUCAUGAAGGUAGCACCAUACAAGGGGUACCUCCUGCCCAAGGAGCCAUUUCUCAUUGUCGAGAAGAACAAUGAGAAGGGAGAGACAAUGGAGGUGCGGGAAGCUUGUGAACCUUGCAGGCAUUGGUGGAUGCCAGAGGAUGAGAAAGCCCUGAAGACAGAAGAGAUGAGGUUGGAAUUGGACAAGUGCCAAUCCUAG